AUGAGUGGUGCUGAUCAAGUGCAUUGGAAGCAUACUUGGCCAAGUGCCAACGUUUUAGCACAAUUUAUCUGCAUUAAUGAGCAUUUGUUCAAGAAUCGGAAUAUUUUGGAAAUUGGUUCGGGCGCAACUGGCAUUUGUGGCCUUACUGCUGCCAAAUUAGGUGCAAAUCGGGUCUGGCUCACAGAUCAUCCGAAAAUUGGGAAAGCUCUAGAAUGUUUACAGGGAAAUGUGUACAAGAAUCAAGUUGCGGAAAAUUGUGUAGUAACGGGACUUGAUUGGGACGACGAGGAAUCGCUGCGAACGGUGUUGAACGAUAUCGAGUCGCUCGAUUUGAUCAUCGCUUCAGAUGUGUUUUUCGAUCCGAGCACGUUUCGAGGUCUCGUGCGCACUAUCGCCGACUUAUUGAACCGAUUUCCCGCCGCCGUUGUAUGGUUCGCUUAUCAGGAAAGAGAUGAUAAUUGGACUUGCGCUCGGUUGUUCGAACACUAUUCACUGGAAGCUACUCUUAUUCGAAAAGUCGAAACCGGACAGCACACAAUCGAAAUUGGUUCAAUCGUCAAAAAAUCGCGGUGCAAAAUGUUUGCUGGAAUAGAAGGUGGCGCUACCGCUUCGAAAUUGGUUUUAACGGAUAAGUCUGGGGAAAAACGCAUAUUCUCGGAGACCAAUGGGACCAAUUAUUAUUUGCAAGGCAUUGAAUCGGUUGGCGAUCAGGUUGCCACGUGGAUUCGAAAAAUCGCCCAAGAGAAUAGCAUCGUUCUUCCCCUAGAAUCGCUGGGGAUGGGCCUUUCUGGAGCCGAAGAUGAGGAAUUAAACAAUAAAUUCAAAAUGUACUUGAAAAUGCAUCAUGGCGAUAUUGCUAAACAUUUCUACUUGUCGUCGGAUGCUGUGUGCACGGUGGCGGCAAAUUUCUCGAAUCAAGGGAUGGUCCUUAUCGCCGGCACCGGUUCGUCGUGCCGAAUGUUGCUCAAAAAUGGCGAGGUGAAAGGCGCGGGUGGAUGGGGACAUAUGAUUGGAGACGGCUGCAGCGCGUUCUGGAUUGCCAAUCGGGCAAUGCGCAUUCUUUUUGACCAUGAUGAUGGAUUGGAACCCUCUCCGCAUUCGGUGGAAACAAUUAGAAAACUAUUGUGCCAACAUUUCAAAAUAGCGGAUAAAAUUGGAAUUUUGGACUAUUUAUAUAAGAAAUUUGAAAAGCAUCGAAUUGCGGGAUUCACGAAAACACUUGCUGAACAUGCUUCUGAUCCGGCGAUUGCCCAGCUUUUCGAUGAUGCUGGCCAUAUGAUCGCCAAGCAUGUUCGAGCGGUUUGCCGCGGAUUGGAGCCCGGCGAUUUGGAGAAUGUCGAUAUUGUGCUUGUUGGAUCGGUGUUCAAAUCAUGGUCCCUACUUCGCAAUGGAUUCAAGAAUGAGCUGCAAAACGCGGGCAUUCGAAAACUCACAAUUUACUCGCCGUCGGAAGAGCCAUCGAUUGGCGCCGCGGUGAUUGGCGCAAGAGAAGCUGGAAUUGAAAUUGAGCACGCGAAAAAUAAAAUUGUGAAAGAGAUUAUCGAGUUUUGA